AUGAUUGGUGAACACAAAACUCAAAAUUUCAGAUAUACUGAACAUGUCAUAUUCAAACGUGGCAUGCCACUAGCCAUAAACUAACUCUACUUUCUUUCUUGUUCCUCCAUUUCUCAAUUCUUGAAUUCUCUCUAAACUUCAAAAACACUGUAAAUCCACCAAUAUGGAGCUCCACUUAAACGAUUACACACUUCAUAUUCUCACCAAAAACAACAAAAAAUCCCCACACUUAUCCAAAUACCCAAACUACCCUCGCCGGAUUCCGACCAACAUCGCCGCCGUGAGGGUGUCUGCCUCACCUGACACUGCGGCGUUGGUGGUGGCGCCAGAACAACCUGGUGGAAAAAUGGUGGUGGAAUUAGUUGGUGCAUUUAAUGAGUUAACUGAAAGAAUGGAUAAUAGUGUACUUUCAACUAGCUCUUCAAGAUUGUUGUUUAAAGCUCUUAAACUGUGUAUUCCUAUUCUUCAGUCACUUCCUCUUGCACCUGAUGGUCGUGCUCCCUUAUCGAGAGCUCUAUCCGUUGCUGUUAUUUUAGCUGAUUUACAGAUGGAUGCUGAAGUUAUAUCCACCGGGCUGCUAAGAGAAGUUCUAGAGGCAGGUGCUAUAUCAAUAUAUGACGUGAGGGAUAGGAUUGGUACCAGUACUGCACAUUUAUUACAUGAAAGCUUGCGUGUGAAACAUAUGUCCUUAAAGGUAGAAGUAUUAGACGAUGAUAACGCAACUUCAUUGAGGAAAUUUUGUCUGACAUAUUAUGAUGUUAGGGCAUUAGUAUUAGACCUUGCUAUCAAGCUCGAUUUGAUGAGGCACCUCGAUUAUCUACCUAGGUACAGACAACAAAUGAUAUCACUCGAGGUUAUGAAACUACACGCUCCUUUAGCACAUGCAAUUGGAACUAACCUAUUGUCGCUUGAACUCGAGGAUUUGUCUUUUCGAUACUUGUUUCCUUACUCGUAUCUUUAUCUUGAUGCGUGGUUGAGGAGUCACGAGUCUGGAAAUAAGCCACUCAUAGAUAUCUGCAAAGAACAGCUGCUUCAGUCCCUUAAAUCUGAUCCACUAUUAAUGCAAAUGGUGAGUAACAUAUCCGUUGAGGGUCGUUAUAAAAGUCGUUAUAGCACCAUGAAGAAACUAUUGAGAGACGGUCGAAACCUUGAAGAGGUGAGCGAUAUUUUAGGUUUAAGAGUUAUAUUGACUCCUCUCGAUGAGUCCGAAAUCGGGGAAAAGGCUUGCUACAGGGCGCGCGAAGUUGUACAGUCUUUGUGGGAAGAGAUACCAAGUAGGUCAAAAGACUAUAUCUUAAGGCCUAAAGCUAAUGGGUAUAAGAGUUUGCACAUGGCUGUUGAUACCAGUGAAAAUGGACGGACCAGACCGCUAAUGGAAAUUCAAAUACGAACAGCAGAGAUGGAUAUACUAGCAUCUGGAGGGGCAGCAUCCCAUGCAUUGUACAAGGGUGGUGUUACCGAUCCUGAAGAGGCGAGGCAUCUGAAGACAAUCAUGAUGGCUGCAGCAGAGCUUGCAGCAUUGCGUCUUAGAGAUUUUUCUUCUGCAAAUCCCAAAGGUCUGGAAACUGACAAAAGAGGCAGGGUGUUCCGUCUUCUUGAUAAAAAUGGAGAUGGUAAAAUAAGCAUUGACGAGCUUAUGGAAGUCAUGGAAGAGCUCGGUGCACCAGGGGAUGAUGCGCGGGAGAUGAUGCAACUUCUCGAUUCAAACAGUGAUGGUUUUCUGAGCUCAGAUGAAUUUGAUUUGUUUCAGAAUCAGGUUGAAUUCAUCCGGAAUUUAGAAGAUAGAGAUGAUCAUUACCAAACACUGUUAAAUGAUAAGCUGCAAAUGGCAAACGACACCGGUUUGAUUCAAUUGUACAGUAAAGAACAAGGCAGUAGUCUGGUAACAAAUUAGUACAUUCUGUUAAAUCAGUGUUCUUUAUGUGUGUAUUUGUUGAGAAGGCCGUGCGCUAUACUGGGGCAUUUUGAAGCCUCAAAGCAGAUAUCUUUCCAGAAAAAAAGAUAUCGAAAUCGCACUGUAUAAAGUUAUUUGCAUGGUCUCAAUCAAAUGUAGUAUAUUUGUAUGUUGCAAUAUGGAUCUUUUCUGUACAACUCUUGUAUAUAGUAUUUAUCCGCAGAAUGUACACAUUUGAGAGCAUAAAUAUACUUAUAGUGUAUCAUUUGGAUUGGAAAA